GUUCUGAGGAGGGGGUCUCGGCAGGGUUAACCCUGUUCCUGCCACCGGCGUCGCAGCCUCCCGUGUGUCCAAUUCACGCCCCUCCUCGACACCCUUCCCCCCCACCCCCCCAGCUUCUACACCCCUUUUGCCCCUCCCCCACCCAAGCAACUUACUAUCUCCCCGAACACCGCAAAACUCCUCAAACUCCCCACCCCCUGCGGACACGCCCCCUCUCCUACCCACCCCUAUCCCCCAGUUCCAGCCUCCGCUGCAGUCCCUCGUUUGGUUUGCCGAGGUAGCUGUCAAUCAAGGAGAGCUUUCUCUCCCUAUUGGACCUAGAGCCUGCCAGUACAUUCCUGGAGUUCCUGGUUUCCCAUCUCAAAAAGUGAUCCUGCAUAGGACCCUCUGAUUGGCCCCCAUAACCAUCUAACGUUCGGAGUAGGGCUUCUUCAGUAGCCCAAGAAAUUUUGCACACACGUUCUUGGAGCUAGAAGCAUCUUUUGCCAGAAUCUCCAUGUUCAGUAUAGGAUUAGUCUUUAGCCCCGGCCCUUCACCAUUAACUGGUAACGUCAAUCAAGUCUGGCUGGCUGGCCCCACCUAUCACGUCAGAGUCAGAAGGAAACUAGGUCUCUGAUUGGCCCCUGAGCGACCUCGGGCCAAGUGGGAAUCGUCACUGUACCCCUGGCGUCUCAGAAACGAAAUACGCCUUCCUCCCUUCUUUUCGGUCCAGUAAAAAACGUCUUCAUAGUCUACACUUUCCUGUGAUUGGAAGAGCGCCAUGAAAGGAGGGAAUUGAUUGGGCCUUCCCGACGUCCUUUCACGUAGCCCUGCCCAGAGCGGUGCGUUCUUCCGCCACCACAGGCGGUUGGGCGGAAGCGAUUGGCUAAAACGCCUGCUCCCUCCCGGUAAUGGGUGGAGGCGAGGUGGGAGGGAGAGGAGAGCUGUCUGUUACCCGCCAUGCACCGCGCCCCGGAGGUGGCUCCCUUUGGUCUGUAAUGUUUUGGCCAAUCCAAAAUGGCGGUGCAGGAAUCAGCUGCUCAGCUUUCCAUGACCCUGAAGGUGCAAGAGUACCCAACCCUCAAGGUACCAUAUGAAACACUGAACAAGCGAUUUCGAGCUGCACAGAAAAAUAUUGACCGAGAGACCAGUCACGUCACCAUGGUAGUUGCAGAAUUAGAAAAAACAUUGAGCAGUUGUCCUGCUGUUGAUUCAGUUGUUAGUCUCCUUGAUGGAGUAGUUGAAAAACUAAGUGUCCUGAAGAGAAAGGCAGUUGAAUCAAUCCAAGCUGAGGAUGAGAGUGCCAAGUUGUGCAAACGCAGGAUUGAACACCUUAAAGAGCAUAGCAGUGAUCAGCCAGCAGCUGCCAACAUGUGGAAAAAAAAACGCAUGGAUCGCAUGAUGGUGGAACAUCUUUUGCGCUGUGGCUACUACAACACAGCAGUCAAACUCGCCAGGCAAAGUGGCAUUGAGGACUUGGUCAACAUUGAGAUGUUCUUAACAGCCAAAGAAGUGGAAGAAUCUUUGGAAAGACAGGAGACCAUGACAUGUUUGGCUUGGUGUCAUGAUAACAAAUCAAGACUCAGGAAAAUGAAGGGCCGUCAAAACGAGAGCGAAACGAAGACGGGACGCAAAUGUAAAUCGGCCAGUGAUUCCCCUAGAGAGAAUGAUGAUCUUGUUAUGGAAACCCUAAAAGGAAAACCAGAAUUGAGUUGUCUGGAGUUCAGCCUCAGGAUUCAGGAGUUCAUUGAACUCAUUCGACAGAAUAAGAGACUGGAUGCUGUGAGACAUGCAAGAAAGCACUUCAGUCAAGCUGAAGGAAGUCAGUUGGAUGAGGUUCGACAAGUGAUGGGAAUGUUAGCCUUUCCUUCAGACACUCAUAUCUCUCCUUAUAAGGAUCUUUUGGACCCUGCCCGAUGGAGGAUGUUGAUUCAGCAGUUUAGGUAUGAUAAUUACAGGCUACAUCAGCUGGGAAACAACUCAGUCUUCACUAUUACACUCCAGGCAGGCCUUUCUGCCAUAAAAACACCGAAUUUACAGUCUACCAAGAAGGAGAAAACAUGCACAGAUAAGUAUAUUUGUUACCAGAUAGAAUGAUAUAAGGUCAGAAAAUAUAUCACAAGUGUUUUUGAAAAAUAUGAGGAAAGGUGACUUGCUUCUGAAAUUAUCAAAGAAGGUUUUGCAAAAGAUAGGACAGCCAACUCACACCUUGAUGGAUAAGUAUUUUAACAAAGAGGGAUAAGGAGGGGGCAGAGGGAAUGCAUGCCAGCCAUGAGGUACAGACUAUUCAAAAUACAGUGGACAAUUCCCCUUUCCAGUUUUCAGUUUCUCCAUCUACAAAAUGGGUUAGAACUAGCUGAUUUGUGAUGUCCCUUUCUGCUCUAAGUCUGUAAUAAGAGAAAGAAGAACACAGGAAUUAGUCACAGGACCUGAGCACUGAAUAAUACUGGAAUAACAAGUGUGCGUAAUUUAGGGCAAAGCCUUUCUGAGCCUCGGUUUUCUCAUGUACAAAAUGAGAAGAUUGGACUAGAUGAACUUCUGAGGUCCCUUCCCACUCUAAAUCUGUGAGAUUAAAAGAAUAAACUCUUAAAAGAUACUCCUUAAUUUUGAUUUAACCAAUUUGAUAGUAUUUCAUGGUUUUUUUUUCCUAAAGGAAUGAUAUAAAAAAUGAUCAGAGAAAAUACUCUUAGGUUUUAUGUGAACAUUACAAGCCAUCCAAUUACUCAUGUAGAAUGAUAUUUUCCUACUGAAUUUAUAUCCUCACAGACUUAAUUUUUUUCUAAAUUGACUUUAAAGUAAGCUAUAUUCUUCUCUAGGGCUAGAAUGCUAGAAUGUUAAAUCUAGAAGAGAGCCAUAGAAAUUCUCUAGACUUUUCUGAAGUGGAGAAGGGAAGAGGCUUGCCAAGGUACCUCUUUAACAGUCAAGACGCAGCCCCCUCCUCCCUGCUCCAGUGUGACCUUUCUCCAGCCAUUGCUCCUUUAUGAGCAACAAGUUUAUUCUGUUUAUGAUUGAAAGAAACGAGGAAGACCUAUUAAGAAUACUAAGGAUUUACAGUCAGGUGAUUAUCAGUGUACUAUCUGGGGUCAGAAAGACUGGCCAUUUUGGUGUAAACCAGUCCUUGAUUUAGAUUUCAAGUAGACAAUGAAACAGAUUGUUCAGUUGAACCAUUAUUCCCACUGACUUGUCUGCCAUAUGUUGUGAAAGUAGCUACAAACUCGACAAAUAUCAGAAUUGGAAGGCCUAGUGCAGUUCAUCUAGAUACCCUUUCCUGAACAGAAAGCCUUUAGCAUAGGGAAGAGCUCUUUCUACAGCAAGAUAGUAAAGUAGAAAGAAUACUUAUCUUGAAGUCCCAAGGCCAAGAAUCCUGUUUUCUGCUGCUUACUAAUCAUGUUAUCUUCUGUAGUAAAAUGGUUCAGUAGCAAUCUGAACUUCACAGCAUUAUGAAGAAAAUACUUUGUAAAUCACCAAGUGUCAUAGACAUGUGAGCUACUGCUCAUCUGUUACAUUAAGAGUUCUGGAUUUGGAUCCAAAGAAACUAAGUUCAAAAUUUGACUCUAUUUACUGUGUGAGGAAUCGGGAAUAAUGCCAAAAUUUCAUGCUUGGGUGCCUAGAAGGAUGGUGGUAUCCUAGACAAAAAUAUGGAAAUUUUGAAAAAGAAGUAGAUUUGAGAAGAAAAACAGUAAGUUCUAUUUUGGAUAUAUUGCAUUUGAGAUUCCUUAGGAGCAUCCAAUUUGAAACAUCUAGUAGAUAGUUAAAGAUAGAUUUGGGAAUUAUCUACAUUUCAGUGAUAAUUAAACCGAUGGGAGUUAUUGAAAUUGCCAAGUGAGACCAAGUGAAAUUAUAUAAAGAGAAAAGGGGCCAGCACAGGUCCUUAGAGAUCUCCCACAGUUAGGAAACAUAACAAAGACAAUAAAUCAACAAAGGAAAUUGUGGUAAUGUUUAAACAGGUAGAAAGAGAAGGUGUCACAAAGACCUGAGGAGGAGAUAUCAUUCAGAAUAAGACAGGAUAUUCAGCAUCGACACAUACUACAGAGAGGACAAAAAGGUUGAGUGCUGAAAUGAUAGUUUGCUAUACUCAUUUUUUAAUUUAUUAUUAUUGACAGCUAAAUAGCACAGUGGAUAGGAAGCAUCCUCAUCCUAAGUUGAAAUCUCACCUCCAACACUUAUUAGCUCUGUGACUAUGGGCAAUUGAGCCCCAUUUACCUCAGUUUUCUUAUCAACAAAAUAAACUACAGAAGGAAGUGGCAAACCAUUCCAGUAUCUUUACCAAGAAUACCCCAAAUAGGGUCAGACACAACUGAACAACGUUGUCAUUGUUGUUAUUGUUCUUGUUAUUUUUGAUGUAGUUCAUCUUGGCGACUUAAACUCGUUGAAAAUAGCUAAAUGCUGUUUGUAUUUACCCUCUUUCUUGAAUUUUUCCUCCCUGCUAACCAACAAACAUUUUCUUUAAAUGGAAAAAAAAAAAAAAAAAACUAAGUAAGCCUUCACAACCAUCAUGUGCUAUUAUCAUCCCAAUUUUUUUAAACAAUGAUCCUACCACUUUUUGGAUUCUUCUGUAGCUCCCCGUAGGUCAUGGAUGUAAAGAUGGAAGAAACAUCAUCCUUUUUUACAUAUGAGAAAGGUCUUCAGUGUCAGAGGCAAGAUUCAAGUUUAUCACACUGACUCCAUAUGUAUCUCUAGUACCAUUGGGUUUACCCUCUGUCUGAUUCUUUUGCUUUUGUUGUAUUUCUUAAUUCUCAGGCAUUUAAAAAAUUUGACAGGAAUAUUGGGAAUGGGAAGUCUUAAACAAAAACUUUACUAUCUGAUUGUUUGGGAAUCAUCUCUAAAUCAUUGGUCUGUGUGUGAUCCAAACACCACCUAGGUUAGAGAAGAGGUUAAUUAAAUUAACACCAAAUUAUAUAAGGAUAAUGAAAAAAUUAUAAGGAAAAUGAAAAGAAUUCUGUGCAGUUGUAACAGUUCCAGCACAAACUAUUCGGGCAAGCUGUUGGUGCUGAAAAAUACGAAGUGGAUAAAGGUAAGGACCCUUUUUAAAAGGACUUCUUUAAAAAAAAAAAAAAAAAAAAAAAACAGUGAUAUAAAGCACCACAAAAGGAAAACCGACCAUGUCCAGGAUAAUAUCCCCAAGUAAGAACUGACAGAUAAUUGCAAUGACAAUUUAGCAUACAAAUUCAUUUUCAAAACAGUAUGGAGGAAAAUUGUGGAAGAUUAUAAAUAAAGUACAAUGUAAAGAGAAAUCUGGACAUGAAACAAACUAAGCUAAGUUAUUCCAAUGGCAUUUAAAGAUUAAAUAAGAACAUAAACCAAAAAAAAAAAAUUAAAAAUUGACCAAUAUGCACAAUCAGUCCCAUUGCCAACAACUGUACAAUCACUACAUUUGGAAUCCAUAAUAUUUCAGCAAUUUUUUUUUCUUUUUUAAAAUUUUUGUUGUUGUUAUGCUUUGAAUUCUGGUUAUCAUCUUCUCAAUCCUACAUUAGAAAAGGCCAACAUUUUAUUUAUAUAUAUCAAACA